UCUUGCAAAAGCUCAAAUGCGCAACGCCCGCCGUUGAGGUUGCACGCGAAUUUGAAUUACCGCCGCGGAUCAAAAGGAAAAACGUUAAGUCGCUAGAGAGUUGGCGAAGCGAUCGGAGUGAAAACCGAAUUUGGCGCAGCGUUUCAGCUAAAAAGUCUAUCUGUGUGCGCCCAGUGAAAUUCAGUGAAAAUUGCUAAUUUCAUAGCACCGGCCAGCUGUGCACCUGGAUUAAAGCACAUACCGCUUAGGAUUGAAACCGAAAACGAAACCAAAACCCAAACCCAAACCAAUCAAAUAGUUUCACUUUUUAUUGGAUUAGCCGCCGCGGCAGCAGCAGCAGCAGCAGCAGCAACUCAUCUCAAUUAAACAGCCGCAGCAGCUGAAAACAGGAAAUUUUUUGGCAACUCUUGGAUGCCCGAAAAUGGCACACUAUGAUCAACGUUGGCUGAAACUCUUCUCCGGCUGCCUUUUCCUCUUUUUGCUGGCUCUGCAAAUUUCGGAGGCCAAGCGAUCAAACGCUAAUCUUACAGCCUGCCAGCACUUAAGACGCUCGGAGACGAGAAGAGCGAAAUCGCUGCAAUCCGGCUUUGAAGGACCAUCCGUUCGGGUGCCACGCUGCCAGAAGAACGGCGACUUUGACAGCAUCCAAUGCGAGGAUGAAAAGGCUGGCCGGGAUUGCUGGUGUGUGGAUGACUACGGUGUGGAAUUGCCCGGCAGUCGUAAUGAGACGCGUUCGGGGGUGACCUGCUCGGAGCCGAAACAUUGUGCCGCCUCCGCCUGCCGCAUGUUCUGCCCCUCGGGAUUCGCCCGUGAUCCUGCCACUGGCUGCUCCGUCUGCCGUUGCCGGGAUCCAUGCGAUGGCCUGGAAUGCCCGCGCGGGCAGUCGUGCCAGCUGCAGGAGGUGCAGUGCAAAUCAGAGCCAUGUCCGCCGCUGCCCACCUGCAAGAAGGCCCGAUCUCUGGCCAAUCUUUGCCCAGCUGGGCUACCCCUGGCGAUCGAUGACACUGUGAGGCCCUUCCUUUGCGGUCAGGAUGCGGGCAAGCCGCAGUGUCCUCCUCUCUACCAAUGCCUGGUGGAAGCCGGCAACGAUUACGGAGUGUGCUGCCCCAGUGCAUUGACCUUCCAGAAACCCGGAAUCUGUCCGGCACCGGAGCAAUCGCAGUACACCGAACGGACGGGCUACAUGUGUGGCGCGCCCUGCUCCCACGAUUUGGAGUGCCGCAAUCUGGAGAAGUGCUGCUUGACCAAGGGAUGUCAGUUCAACUGCCAGCAGCCGGGCAACGUCACGGGCUGCCAUCAGGCCAAGGCCUUGGCGGACAUCCUGUCGAUCAAUGAGCGCGAGGGACGCGGCUAUGUGCCCGAGUGCAAUGGACCUGGUGGCCAGUUCUCGCCGAAACAGUGCUCCCGGAAUGGACUGGUCUGCUGGUGCGUGGAUCCCCGAACCGGACAUAAAAUAAAGGAAACCAUGGGUGCUGCAAAUAAUGUAAACUGUGAGGGUUGGGAGAACAUGAUCAGCAGAUCAUAUGCCCGCAGUUUCCAGAUGGAGCAGUGCGAUACCAAUAUUUGUGCAGCUGUCUGCGAGUAUGGAUUUAAGAACGAUCACAAUGGCUGUCCCACGUGCGAAUGCUCUGAGCCCUGCGAUGGCUUCAAGUGCUCCAUUGGCUCCCAUUGCGAGGUGGCCACCGAUCCGCUGUGUGAAUCUGGUUCCUCGCUGUGCGCCUCCUGGCCCGUAUGCAAGCCCGACCUGGUCUACUCCAAUCCCUGUGACGUGGGCACCCCACUUUCGGACUCCGCCACCGGCGAGGUGAUGUACUGCUAUGAGGAGCGGCAGGGACGCAGCUUCCAGCCAACGGCCUUCUUCGAAACGGAACCGGAGUCGCAGUCCAAGCAGGGUCGCUCCAUGAGCAAUCGCAUCAUGUGUCCGGAGCAGUACAAGUGCACCAAACUCCAUCGCGAAACGGAAAAUGUGUGCUGUCCAGUGCCGGAAAAGGACACUCCUGCCGAGGAGGCAAUGGGAUCACAUCAGCAAACUAUGUGCGAAUAUUUAAGGGACUUCUCGGAGCGCAUGGAGGGCACUGAAGAGGGCAUGCAGCUGGCGGUUCCUUCGCCCCGAUGCACCGCCGAUGGGGAUUACGAGGGUCGCCAGUGCCAGCUGAAGAAGAUUCGGGUGACGCGCGCCGAGCAGCGCAAGAUUCUGGAGGAGAACACCAUACGGCGCAUGAGGAUGCUGCUCGCCAGCGCUGCUCCAAGUGUGGCGAAACGAUCUCGUCGAGAUUCGGAACGCCUCAAGCUCUACCGCGUGGAGGAUAGUGCCUUGAAGGUCCAGGUGGCUGCACCCGUGAUGGGUCGCAGUGCCAAGGUGAUCGACAUGGGUGCGGAUCGUCAGCAGGGAUUGGGUCAGCUCUUUGAGACGGAGUUCAAGAAGGUGGCUUCGGCCUCCAAGCGGCCGCCGGAGAACGAGGAUGAGCUGCUCGAAAUGGAAGUGGAGCAAUGCUGGUGCGUGGACAGCUUUGGCACGGAGAUUCCCCGAUCGCGGGGCUACAAUGUCAGCGAGGACGCCUGCCGGAGUUUGCGCGAUGACCUGGACUGCCUGGAUCUCACCUGCAGAAUGGGUUGCGAGUAUGGCUUCGCCCUGGAUCCGGAUACCCGUUGUCCGGCCUGUCAGUGUCGUGAUCCCUGCGAUGGGGUGACCUGCGGCACCGGCAAAGAGUGCCGCGUGGUCGACGUGAGCUGCGAGGGUGAGUACUGCCCUCCAGUGCCGGCCUGCCUGCCGCGAAAGCCCGGACAGUGUCCCUAUCUUGUGCCCCCGGGUCCGGACAACCUGGAUGCCAACACCUGUGCCUAUGAGUGCCGCACCGAUGCCCACUGCGAGGGUUCCAGGCGGUGCUGUUCCAAUGGCUGUGGCACCCAGUGCGUGGACCCCCAACUGAAGACAGCCUGCCAGCAUCUGCAGGCCAUCCAACUGCACCAGAGCUCCGAACUGGGCAUUCCCGCCCGGCAAAUGGCAGUGGCCCAGUGUGACGCCAGGAGUGGCAAGUGGGAGCAGGUGCAGUGCUCGCCGGAUGGUCACUGCUGGUGUGUGGAUGACCAGGGUAAAAUCGUGCCCGGCACUAGGGUGAGCUCCCCCGAAACACCGCAGUGCCAGGAGAACUCCAGUUUCGCCUGCCCACGGACGAACUGCAGCCUGCAGUGCGAAAGUGGCCACCAAAUGGACGCCAAUGGAUGCCCCACCUGCAAGUGCAGAAACUAUUGCCACGAGGUGAGCUGCUCACCGCACGAGGAGUGCCAACUGAUCCACGUGGAGUGUGUGGACAGCCCGUGUCCCAAGAUGCCCAUCUGUGUGCCGCGACGCGCCUCCGUCUGUCCCGAGGGCAAUCCCCUCCAGCAGGGCGACCUGGACCUGAGCUGUGGCCCCCACAACGAGCACGAGGCCUGUCCCACCACCCACUCCUGCCAGCUGAAUCCGGUCAGCAAUCGCGGCGUCUGCUGCUCCAAGACCCGCGACGUCUGCUUCGAGUCCAUGGACAAUGGUUGUCUGGCCGGUGGCAAGUCGGAGCGCAAUAGCACUCGCUACCGGUUCAGUCCCAGGGCCAACAAGUGCCUGGCCGUGGUCAUCGACUCCGAGGCACCCGCCUGCCAGACCAAAAACCUCUUCCACAACGAACUGGCCUGCAACUCCGUGUGUCCAGUUCUAACCCAAUGCGAACGCCUGAAGCUUAAGAACAGCCUGGCUGCCCAGCGCACGGGCCACUCCUCGGUGUGGUUCCAGCCACGAUGCGAUCCCGUCACCGGCCACUGGAGCCCGGUGCAGUGUCUGGGCAAGCAGCCCCAACCGGCGGACAGGCACACGGAGAUUGUGAGCCGGGCCUUUGCCGCCGAGCCCGCCUCCGCCGCCGGCGCCGGCGAGGAAUCGCCCGGAGUUUGCUGGUGUGCGGACAAGAAGGGAGCUCCGCUGAAGGGCACCCUCACGCGGGAGAGCGAGCCCAUCUGCAACAGCAGGCAGGCGCGGAACCGGAAGAAUUUCGAGGCCGGAGAUCCGCUGAUGGAGCAACUGAUUGCCCAGCUGACGCAGCUGAACGAUGUGGCCAGCGAGAAUGUGGAUUUCGAUGAGCUGGAGGCGAGGAUUCUGCCGGCCACCGCCAGUGCGGCGGAGUCUAGUGUGACGGAGCGGGUGCUGGAGCUGGCCAACUCCCUGCUGGACUCGCAGCUGUCCGUGGAGCAGGCCACGCUGAAGCCCAUGGAGCUGAAGACCACCCGGUGUCGGGCUCUGGCCGCCACGGCUCCAUUUCCGGUCAAUUGCGACGAGGCGGGUGGCUUCCGGCCACUCCAGUGCAAUGGAAGGAGCUGCUGGUGCGUGGAUGCGGCCGGCAACCAACUGCAGGCCACACACAUCUUCGGGGCCGGAGAUCGGCGCUGCAACCAUGUGCCCAUCGAGGCGGUGGCCAUCGAACUGCACCUGACCAACAGCAGUGGCCGGAGUGUGCGGAACGCCUACGACACCAUCCGGCGGGAGCUGCAGCAGCUGCUCGGCGGCGAGUCCGUGGAGAAUCUGCGCGUGCAGGAGAACUUCGAUGGAUCGGCCAUCGUCCGGUUCGAGCUGCACAACGAGGCCAAGGUGGACAUGGCCUUUGCCAUCGAGGCGGCCAUUUCGUCGGGUGAUCUCCGCCUGGCCGGUGGUCACUUUCGGCCCGAUCUGACCCGCUCCCACUUUGUGCACCGCAGUGGCCUGGUUCCGGUGGCCCAGGCGGCCACCGCCCAGGACGAGUCCAUCCAGCUGGUGCUGUUCAUCAUGGCCACCAGCUCCGCCUUUCUGGUCAGCAUAUUUGUGGUCUAUGUCAUGCUGAAGCGGGGCCGCAGCCUCAAUGCCGUGCCCUCGUAUGCGAAGGGUGGCGCUGGGAGUGGUGGUGGCGACAAGGCCGUGGACUACUCCGCACCCAUCUUCGUGCUGGCCGCCAGCGACAUGGACGCCCAGCCCCUGGACAGCAUCAAGGGGCUCAAGGCGUAGAGGCCUUUGUUGAGUUAUCUAAAUCAAUUUGUAAAUAAACGAGAGCAAAUUUAAGAUCUACUUUUAGGGGGGGAGGAGGAGUUCCACGGCAAAGGUCAGAGGCCUCGAUUCCGCCCCAAAUAAGCCAAAAGGGGCGUGCGACUUGAGGGGCCCCCACCAUCGCAUACCUAUCGCAUAUGUUCUAGCACCUUAAGACGAUUAAUUUAUGAAUAAAGCUUUAAAAUCGAAUAC